AUGCCGGAUAGUAAACUGUACGAUUUAUUGGGUGUUUCAAGAAAUGCAAGUGAUCAAGAAAUCAAAAAAGCAUAUCAUAAACUUGCGAAAACACAUCAUCCAGACAAAAAUCCCGAAUCAGCAGAAAAGUUUAAGGAGAUUUCAUUUGCAUACCAAGUCUUAACUGAUGAAAAUAAAAGACGAGUCUACGAUAAUUACGGUUUGGAAGGACUCAAAGAAGGUGGUGGAAGCGGGGGUGGAGGCAGUAUGGCAGAUAUUCUCGGGCAAUUCUUCGGUGGUGAAUCACCUUUCGGUGGUGGCGGUGGUCAUCCUUUUGGCGGUUUCGGCGGCCUAUUUGGACAUGCCAUGGGCGGUGGCGGCGGAGGAGGAGGCCGAAAUCGACGACGUAAAGGCGACGACAUGGCUCAUCCACUCAAAGUGACGCUUGAGCAACUAUACAAAGGUGAUACACGAUCAGUUGAAAUCUCUCGAAAGGUGAUUUGCCAAGCAUGUAAUGGUGUCGGUGGUCGUGAUGGUGCUAAGCAAACAUGUACAACAUGUCGCGGUCACGGUAUCCAACUCAUAACAAGACAGAUCGGUCCAAACAUGAUGCAACGAAUGCAACAAGUGUGCAAAGAUUGUAGUGGAGAAGGAGAAAUCAUCAACGAACGAGAUCGUUGCAAAACUUGUCACGGUAAAAAGACUGUUGAUCAGAAGAAAAAACUCGAAGUGGUCAUCUCACCUGGCAGUCGACAUGAACAACAGCUUCGUUUUCCAGGCGAAAGCGAUCAAGCACCAAAUACCGAACCUGGCGAUGUGAUUGUUGUUUUACAACAAGAGCCACAUCCUGUUUUUCAACGUAGUGGAGACAAUCUUGUCAUGAAGCACAAAAUUAAUCUAGUUGAAUCUUUAUGCGGCUUUCAACUCGUAGUUACACAUUUAGACGGAAGAAAGAUCGUUUUAAAACAUCCAGCAAAUGAUCCCAUCGCGCCUGAAACAUAUCGAUGUAUCAAAGGACAGGGGAUGAUUAAUAUGCGAACUCAUGACACAGGAGAUUUAAUCGUUCAAUUCGAUGUAGAAUUUCCUUCGGACAAAAGUGGACUCGAUGCUCAAGCAUUCAAACAACUUGAAAGUCUCUUGCCAAAACGUCCACAUGUUGACAUUCCAAAAGGUGAACAUGUUGAAGAUGCUCACAUGAUCGAUUUCCAUACAACGAAAUCCGCCCAUAAUAAUCGACAUGGAAAUCGUCGAGAAGCAUAUGACGCUGGCGAUUCGGAUGAUGAAGGUGGUCAUCCAGGUGUUCAAACAUAAUCACGUGAUUUCGUUGUUUUGUCAAUAGAUUCUUCACCAAAAAUCAUGACAGCAAGUGUUAUCCAAGCAUUUAUUUUCGCAGAUCAAAAAUGGACACCACGAGGAAAAAUGGGCGCUGCAAUCUUAUCAACUGAUAAUACGCUAUUUCAACUUAUUUUGUAUAAAAAUAAAACUCAACCUGAAGUAUCGACUCGGAUAACAACAUCAACUGUUAUUACAUCUCAACCGAAUAAUUAUUUAUCAUUUCAAGAUGACGUUGGACAAAAUUGGUCGAUUAUGUUUGAUAACAAACAAGCACUUAUCGAUUUUACCUUACAAGUUCUUCUGGCGAAAGCUUAUCUACUCUCUUUUAAAUUCGAUCAUAUCAUUCAACAAAUAUCCGAAGGUGAAGGUUCGGCUUUAGUCGACAAUGACAGCGCGGAAGUAACUGUUGUUCAGUACAAAUUAUUGGAAAAUGGAACAUUGUCAUCUGCCGAUGCGGGAGAUAAUAAACCAAUGAGAUACAAGAUUGGUAAACAACAACAUGGAAAAGCAUUCGAUGAGUGUCUUCGUGGAAUGAAAAAGAAUGGACAACGUUUAGUGAUGAUCGGAACAUCACUUUACAACAUUGAAGUUACUCGUAUUAAACGAGAAAAGGAAGCACGUACAGGCUCGAUAACAGUUUCCGUAGAAGAACCGCCACCACUGCCACCAACGAUAAACGAACGAAAACGAACAAUUACUGAAGAUAACGACGGCAAUGAUGAAAAAAGUAAAUUAUUACAACGAAUCAAUAAAAUGGGCGGUGUUUCAAUGCUUCCGAAUCAAAAUCAAUCAAGUGCAUUUGUUACACCAUUACCGCCCCAAACAUCAACUUUCAGUGAUGAUGAUUCAAUUCAUAAUGAAUUUAUACAAAACGUUACACCGGCACCAAUAGUGCCAGUACACACAGCGGUACCACCAGUUCAAUAUGUUCCACCAACAUAUCAUCAUAUACAUCAUCCUCCGCAUCAAUCGUUGAUUCAACAACCGAAUUUAUAUUCACCACAACAACCAUUGCAUGAUUACAAUAGUCGACCAGGUUCAUCGAUGGGCAUGGGUGCCAUGGGUUAUCAACAAUCGCCGAUGUGGCAUCAUUCGCAAUAUCCUCAAACUACACCAAAUGUUCCACCACCGACUGACAUGUUUUAUCAACAACAGAUGCCGAACGAUUUCCGUCAAUUAUUUACUCGCUUAAACGAAAAAGUUGAUACGCUGAAUGAAAAGUUCGACACUAAAAAUUCAACAUCAUAUCCAAACAUGGAAACAAGUAUUCUUCUUGCAAAUAUUCAACGCAUCGUCAAAGAAAAUGAAACAAUGAAGAAGGAUUUAUUCGAUCGAAGUGCAAAAGUUGAAGAACAGAAUCUUAAAAUUUCCGAAUUACUAGAUCGGAAUCAAAAAUUAAUCGAACAAAGUCAUCAAACAGCCGAGCAACGGAAUGUCGUCGUUAACAAUGUUUCCGAACAAACCGCACAAAAGAUUCUCGAUUUAGAAAAACAAAAGGUCGAAUUAACGAACAAUUUGAGCGUUGCAACCAGUAAAAUUGCCGAUCUUCAAUUACAACUGAAUCAAUACAAUCAAGGUGCCAAUGAAAAUCAAUCAAAGGUCAGUUCAUUGUUACAUCGAUGUGAACAAUAUAAAGAAGAGUUGGAAAAGUCACAAACUCAAUACUCCGAAACACAAACGAUGUUGAACACGGCUCAAGAGCAAUUGAAAGCGGAGAAAGCAGCGAAGAAGAAAUUGCAAUCGAAUCUAAGCAUGUUGGAAGAAGAACUAACGGAAGUGAAGGCCACAUAUGCGAGCUUAGAAAAGGUAAAUAAUGAACGAAAAUUAAAAACGGAAAAUGAACGUAAACGAUGGCAAGACGAUAUGGAUGAACAAAAACAAUCUUAUGAAAAAGAAUUGGAUGAAUUGAGAAAUAAAUUACGUAAACAGCGAACAGCUGAUUCAGCAACAACCAGUCAAGAGAUUAGUCGAAUUGAAGAAGAAUUAGUUCGACAAUGGCAAGAGAAAUUAGAUCGCCAACAGGCACACAGUGAGCGUUUAUUAUCGACAAAAGGAAAAGAACUUGAACAAUUACAAGAAUUGUACAAUGAAAAUGAAAAUAAAUUGCAAGAAGUCAACGAAGAAUUGAACGAAUCUAAACAACAGCUUGAAGCUUAUCAAGAACGCUAUGAAAAACUAAAAGAACGUCUUAUUUCAAUGAGAGAGGAAAUAACCGAACUUACUGAAGAACAACAAGAAUCAAUCAAUCAACAAGUCAAACGUGCUGCCAGCAUGAUCUAUCAACGUUUAAAAACUCGUAUCCGGCCAACAAAACAAUACAAUGGAGAGGAGUUUCUCUCUCGUACACUUGAGAUUAUCAAGAAAACGACAUUAAAAGUUUUAUCAAAUAAUGCAGAUGAUGAACAAUCAUCUGAAAAUGUUCAAUCAGAAGAAGAAGAACAACAACAACAACAGCAGCAGCAACAACAACAAAAACAAAAAGAAGAGGUACAUGUAAAUCAGUCAGAAGAGAAGAAUGAUGAUGACCCAGUGAACGGAAAUUCCGUCGAUCAACAAACAUUAAAUGAAGAAGUUUUAUCAGUCUUGACAAACCCAAAUGAAGAAACGCUAUCAACAGAACACGAAACAACAUCAGGAAAUAAUCAGAAAAAUGGAUGGGAUACUGUUGAUGACCUCCAGCAAGAAACAAAGGAACAAUCGGAAACCAUGGAGCAAAUCAAUGAAGGAGAAAGUGGAUCAGAAGAUUCUACUGUUGAGAACAAUGAACCGAUUGAGCCUCCGAAACUUGUUGAAGAACCAAAACGUGAUAGUGAUGGUGCUAUCGAAGAGAAUGAGAAACCAUCGCCACCAGAAUUAGAAAUACCUGCAGAGAAACCGGUCACCGGCGAUGAAGACGACGAUGAUGAUGAUGAUGCAUUAUUCCAGUCUGCGCGCCCAUCUGUUCAAAGCGUCACUGCUCCGCCCAUAGCUAGUCAAUCAUCAGCAUCUCCGCGAUACACAUUCAAUGAGAACAUUCCAUUAAUGACAAAUCCGGAUGAUUCAGACGAUGAACUGUUCAAAUAA